GGGAGUGGUGAGAGAGAUUUAGGAAAGACUAAUAAAAAGCUAAACAAAAAGUGCCAAAAAAGGUUGCUCAUUUUCUCACAAAUUCCAUGUUGUUCAAGAAAAUAGCAAAAAGACAAGUAAUGCAAAAACAGUAAGGACAAAAACCUCACCCACGCCAUUGUCGACAAACGUAGCCAUGAAGAAACUCUUUCAUAACCUGACACAACACACUUAAACACCCCACCCCCACGUCAAACACCCCACCCCACGCCACCCCACCCCCCUUCACACAUCUUUAAUAAGCACCCCGAACAAUCCCAUUUUCUUAUUCAUUUCCUCUCUCUUUCCUUAAAAAGUAAAGAGUCUUGAACUAGUUUUUUCACUAUAGGAAGUAGCUUUUCUAGGGAGUUGUUUAGUGUUUUUUGGUGAGGUUUUGAUGUUUUGAAUAACCCUUUAAGGAACUUUUGAUUCUUUCUCUAUUUGUUUUGAGACAAUGUUACAAGAUGAUGGUUCUUCAUCAGUGACUUCAUCAUCACCACUUCAAGUAUUUCCCGUGAUGUCUUUAUCACCGGGUUUGGGUUUUGGUUCGUCGAAUCAGUGGCUUAAGGAGCUGAAAUCUGAAGAAAGAGGGUUGUAUUUGAUACAUCUUUUGCUUGCUUGUGCUAGUCAUGUGGCUUCUGGUAGUCUUGAGAAUGCUAACAUCGCACUCGAUCACAUUUCGCAACUUGCAUCUCCUAGUGGAGAUACUAUGCAAAGAAUUGCUUCGUAUUUCAAUGAGGCAUUAGCUGAUAGGAUUCUUAGAAGUUGGCCUGGUCUUUUUAAGGCCUUGCGAUCGACUAAGUUAUCGGUUGUCUCGGAAGAAAUUCUUGUUAGGAAGAUGUUUUUCGAGAUCUUUCCGUUCUUGAAAGUGGCGUUUGUGGUGACGAAUCAAGCUAUAAUCGAAGCUAUGGAAGGGGAAAAGAUGGUUCAUAUCGUUGAUCUUAAUGCUGCUGAACCCUUGCAAUGGCGUGCGUUGCUUCAGGACUUAAGCGCUCGUCCUGAAGGACCGCCACAUUUGCGCAUUACGGGGGUUCAUCAGCAAAAAGAGGUGUUAGAUCAAAUGGCACAUGUGCUUACUCAAGAAGCCGAAAAGCUCGAUAUCCCUUUUCAGUUCAAUCAAGUUGUUAGCACAUUGGAGAAUCUUGAUGUUGAGAAGCUUCGGGUGAAAACCGGGGAGGCUCUCGCGAUUAGUUCAAUAAUGCAAUUGCACACCCUUCUUGCUCAUGAUAACGAAAAGAAGUCCCCCUUGCCUCUAAAGCAUAAGAACGGUGUCACCUUGCCGAGGGCACUAAUCAACCAAAACACAUUCGGGGAGUUUCUCGAGAAAGAUAUGGCUAACGGUUGUAGUCCAAGCAACGACACAGCUUCUUCAUCCCCGCUGUGUUCAACUGGUUCAUCGAAGAUGGAUAGUUUCCUCAAUGCUUUGUGGGGUUUAUCGCCAAAAGUUAUGGUGGUGACAGAACAAGAUUCUAAUCACAACGCGACAACUCUGAUGGAGAGGCUAUCGGAGUCUUUACAUUUUUACGCUGCAUUGUUCGAUUGUCUUGAAUCCACGCUGCCAAGAACAUCAUUGGAGAGAAUAAAGGUGGAAAAGAUGCUAUUAGGCGAGGAGAUUAAGAGCAUUGUAGCAUGUGAAGGGAUCGAGCGAAAGGAGAGGCAUGAGAAGCUCGAAAAGUGGUUCCAAAGAUUCGACACAGCCGGUUUUGGCAAUGUGCCUUUGAGUUAUUACGCUAUGUUGCAGGCGAGGAGGUUAUUGCAGAGUUACAGUUGCGAAGGAUACAAGAUCAAGGAAGAGAACGGCUGCGUGGUGAUAUGCUGGCAAGAUCGCGCUCUCUUCUCUGUGUCGUCGUGGCGAUGUAGGAAGUAAAACUAAACUUGGUUCUCAUUGUUAGGCUUUAAAUGUAUCUCUUCUUUUAUGUUGUAACAUAGUUUAGUAGAACUUUUGUUAAUGAAACUGCCCUUUACAUGUUCGAAUCA